UCAUUUGCUUUCACGUUUAGAAGAUUACACCAACACACAAAAAAGAAGGCAAACAGAGCACAAACUCCUAUCCUGUACUGUCAGUACUCCAACGAGGAUGCACGGAUAAGAAGAAGGGAAUCAUCGAUAAGAGAGGGUGGCAGAGGGGAACACACCAAGUGAGUUGGAAGAAGCGAAGGGGAAGAACUCGCUCCCGUCCUCUUCGUAAGUAGACCGGUUCAUCACCCUUGUCGACGAGAUGCGCCGGUCCGCCGCCGCCGCUCAACGCGCCUGGUUUCCUCUCUUCUGCGUGCUUCUCAUCCUCCUCUUCUCUCUGUUUGCUACAGCUGCGGUUGAAGAUGGUUUGCUUAACAAUGGAGAUUUCGAGACAGUAGGUGCCGUCUCAACCGGUGGCAAGGGUGACGGAAUCACCUCCUUCCCUGGCUGGACUGUCAAUGGGACGGUGGAGCUCGUCGAAUCUGGUCAAAAGCAAGGCGGCAUGAUCCUCAUAGUCCCCGAAGGGGUGCACGCGGUUCGGCUGGGGAACGACGCGGAGAUAUCGCAGAGCCUGCAGCUGGAGAAGGGGGCGACGUACGCGGUGACGUUUAGCGCGGCGCGGACGUGCGCGCAGCUGGAGACGCUGAACGUGUCGGUGUGGCCGGCGUCGCAGGCGGUGGACCUGCAGACGCUGUACAGCGUCGAGGGGUGGGACGCCUAUGCCUGGGCGUUCCAGGCGCCGGCGGAGGCCGAGGUCGACGGGGCGGAGUCGAGGCUGAGCUUUAGGAACCCCGGCAUGGAGGACGACCCCACCUGCGGUCCCAUCAUCGACGAUGUCGCCAUCAAGAAGCUCUUCGCUCCCGAGAGACCCCAAGACGAUGCCGUCGUCAAUGGCGACUUCGAGGAAGGCCCGUGGAUGUUACCCAACUCCAGCCUCGGCGUUCUCCUCCCCACCAACCUCGACGAGGAGACGUCCGCCCUCCCCGGCUGGAUGGUGGAGUCCAACCGCGCCGUGCGCUACAUCGACUCCUACCACUUCGACGUCCCGCAGGGGAAACGCGCCGUCGAGCUGCUGUCGGGAAAGGAAGGGAUCAUCUCCCAGAUGGUGGAGACAACCCCUCAGAAGCAGUACAGCCUCACCUUCACAAUCGGGGCCGCUGGCGACUCCUGCCAGGCGCCCAUGGCCAUCAUGGCCUUCGCGGGGGACCAGGCGCAGAGCUUCCACUACUCGCCCACGGGCAACGCGACCCACCAACCUGCCAACGUCACGUUCACGGCGCGGGCCGAGAGGACGCGCAUCGCCUUCUACAGCGUGUACUACAAUACGAGGAGCGACGACCGGAGCUCGCUCUGCGGGCCGGUGGUGGACGAGGUGAGGGUGCGGGGAGUCUCCAAGGCAGCCGCGAGUAGCUCCAAAUGGGUUGCAUGUCUUCUCAGUCUGGCCGUGCCCGUGCUUAUGGUGUUCUUCUGAGUCUUCGCUCUCCUCCGAGUCAAAAUAAUAUUAAUGGUGAUCCUAUUAAUCAAUCAUCAUCAAGCACCGAUGACGCUUUUCAUUGCA